GCGGGGCAAGCAUGGCGGGCAUGGCGGGGUACGCGCGGGUCGGGGCCGCCGCCAGCGCGCCCGUUAUGGGACUGGGCACAUGGAAGUCCCCCCCAGGGAAGGUGGCAGCUGCGGUGACGGCUGCCAUCGAUGCCGGGUACCGCCACUUCGACUGUGCCUAUGUGUACCAGAAUGAGAAGGAAGUUGGGGAAGGGAUCCAGCAGAAAAUCAAGGAAGGGGCUGUGAAGCGAGAGGACCUCUUCGUGGUCAGUAAGCUGUGGUGCACCUUUCACGAGAAGCCUCUGGUGAAGGCAGCCUGCCAGAAGAGUCUUGCAGACCUGAAGCUGGGUUACCUGGAUCUCUACCUUGUCCACUGGCCUUUUGGCUUCAAGGCAGGAGAGGACCUGUUCCCUGCAGAUGACAAAGGUAUGGCUAUCCCCAGCAACACAGAUAUUCUGCAGACGUGGGAGGCCAUGGAGGAGCUGGUGGAUGCUGGCCUGGUGAAAGCCAUUGGAAUCUCCAACUUCAACCGUGAGCAGAUUGAAAGAAUCUUGAACAAGCCAGGACUGAAGUACAAACCUGCAAAUAAUCAGAUUGAGUGUCAUCCAUACCUUUCCCAGGAGAAGCUGAUUGACUACUGUCACUCCAAAGGGAUCACUGUGACAGCAUACUGUCCCCUUGGACGUCCUGAUGGUUCUAAGCCAGAGGCACCUUCCCUUCUGGCUGACCCCAAGAUCAAGGAGAUUGCAGCCAAGCACAACAAAACCCCAGCACAGGUUCUCCUUCGCUUCCAGAUCCAGAGAAAUGUGAUUGUGAUUCCCAAAUCUGUCACCCCAGAGCGCAUUGUGGAGAACUUCCAGGUGUUUGACUUUGAACUGACUAAAGAAGAGAUGGCCACCCUUCUUAGCUUAAACAGAAACUGGAGGAUCUGUGAAAUGGUCAUGUGCAAAAAUCACAAGGAGUACCCUUUCAAUGCAGAAUACUGAAGAUGGUUUUUUUCCUGCCCUCUCUCAGGCCCCCAGGGUUUAAUGAGCUUCUACCAUUGUCUCAAUUUGUGCACUAUGUAGCUGACACACUGUAUCCCUCUUCCCAGCAAAGGCACAGGAUAUGUGUUCAGUGACUUUGGGUUUUUCCUUUGGUGAAAGGAAAUUGUACAAUUGUUCUGAAGAAAAUGUGGGCUAUGAUAAUUCUUAUUACAUGAGUGUCACUGCAUGGCUGAAAUAGCAAAUUUUAUCUACUUUCUACUGAUUUUUAUCUACUGUCUUGCAUCAGCACCACUUAAGGCUGCAGGGUUAAGGAUGUGUAAGUGCAGGAGAACAAUCCAUCCUGAAUAAUCACAUAAUCACUGGCUGAAGGUAAAAGACAAAAUUAACUCCUAGAGUACAGCCCAAAGCUUUCUAGAAAAUAAGAAUGAAUGGGAGAAGUGUCCAGACCUAUAGAUGAAUAACAACUCAUACUGGGCCUUAUUUCAGUCACUUCUUUACAGGCUGAAACUGGACAGAGAUUGAUGUUCAAUUUCAUUCUUGACCAAAAUAAAAAUAUUUUGAUUACU